GUGUCAAUACGAUUCGGGCAGUCGUUUCACUCGGUGUUGUUAUGCAUGCUCUGUACAGUUAUAAAUUUUGUGCAAUACUGUUAUAAUACAAGUGCAGAAUAAUACAAGUGUAUAUUUUAAAUAUUCAACGUGCCGUGAAUUUCACUCAAUCACAACAAUGUCGGCCAAAGACCAACGGAAGUCAGGAUCCAUGUAUAGAUUCAUAGAAGCCAAUAAUAAAAAGCUUGAUGCUGAAUUGUUUGGAGAGAGUAGUGAAGCUGGGCCAAGUAAAAUUCAGACAGCUACGUCAAAUGUAGAGUUCCGUGAACACCCGCAUUGUGGUAAGUGCAAAAUAAAAAAAUUAAAAUUUGUGACCAAUGCAAAUUAAACACAAUUAUAAUACUUAUUUUUUAUCUACUCAUUUCAGAGAACCAUCCUUGUCCAUUUGAUGAAUACAUCUUGCAAGAAGAAUACGUCAGUGAUUGGGUUACUAUCGAUGCAUUCGACGAUACGGAAGUAUAUGAAGAGGUCAACGAAGAUUACGAUGAAGCCGAGGAAACUAUGCACAGCACCACAAGAGUCUCAACACGAGGAGGAACCAUUUGAUGAGCUUAUUCGAAAUUGGGCAUUAAAAACAUACCAAACACAUCAAGCUCUAAAUGGACUAUUAGAAAUUUCACGUAAAAAAAACGGACUACCAGCUGCCGAAAGAUGCGCGCACGUUGCUUAAGACAAGGCAAUGUGGAAAAGAAAUGUACCCUAUAGCAGGGGGAGAAUUUUGGUUCCCUGGGGUACGAUCGGGUCUCAAGGAUCACUUUCGCGAUGUGCCACCAAGAGUCAGCAAAUUUUCGUUGUACUUUUCGAUUGAUGGACUUCCACUGCACAAGAGCACUCGAAAACAGUUUUGGCCCAUAUUAAUGAGCAUUCAAGAAAUGCCGGAAGUUCCAGUAUUGAUGGUGGGCAACUUUUUUGGUGAAUCGAAACCAAAGAGUGUUGAGGAAUAUCUGCGUCCGCUUGUCGACGAGCUAAAUGGGUUGAUGGAUAAUGGCAUUGUAAUAGCCAAUAAGCUAAUCGAAAUACACGUAAGAGCUUUCAUCACGGACUCACCAGCACGAGCAUUCAUAAAAGGUUCAGUUUACUUCAACCACACACAUGGUUGCCAAAAAUGUACGGUACAAGGAAGAUAUCACAGCGCACACCGAGUUACAUGUUUCCCGGGAAUGGAUCAUCCAGCAAGAACGCAUGAAGAUUUCGUCCAAUCAAAUUACGGAGCACAUCAUCGGGAAAAAAAACGCCUCUCAUGGAUCUUAAGAACUUAAGAAAGCAGAUUAUUAUAGCAGAUCGUUUGCACCUCUUUGACUACGGCGUAACAAGAACAAUGCUGAAAGGAUGGAAAUCAGGCAAAUUAGGAGGGGGUGCCAAGUGGUCUGAAGAAACAAUAAGCAAGAUUUAUGCUUUGCUGAAGGAGGUGGAACUUCCUUUAGAGUUUCAUCGCAAACUCCGUUCUGUUGAAGACAUUGGAUUGUGGAAAGCUAGUGAGUUCCAAAUGUUUCUGCAUUACGCGAGCUUUAUCGUUUUGAAGGAUGUAUUAACAGAUGUACAGUAUGACCAUUUUAUGAAGUAUUACUGUGCGGUAACAUUGUUAUCAUCCGAAGUGUAUAAGAAUGAUUGGCUUGAGGCGAAACGCUUGCUAAGAGAGUUCGUUUUAGAAUAUGGUGUUAUCUACGGCGAACAUUGCAUCACCAGCAACAUACAUAGUUUGUUGCAUGUGUAUGAUGAUGUAGACACAUUCGGCCCGCUUUACACCAUUUCAUCUUAUCCCUUUGAAAGUAAGCUCCAGCAUGUCAAGAACUGUCUUCGAAACGGUCAUAAGGUUUUGGUGCAGGCUGCAAAUAGGAUAUCGGAGCAAA